AUGACAGCACUAGUCCUACUCUCAUGCUUCUUCAGCCUCGCCACGCCCAUCGCCGGCGGAGGGCCGUCGCUGACCGCGUCGGCCAUCGUCGCCGCAGCCGAGUCCGGGUCGCACAUCCUCCGCGUCGACGGCUACUCCCUCACCAAGGGGCUCGGCAACGGCAAAUACGUCGCCUCCGAGGCGUUCGCCGCCGGCGGGCAUAGUUGGCGUCUGCUCUACUACCCCGACAGCCUCAACUCAAGCGACUCCGACUGGAUAUCCGUCGUCCUGCUUCUUGAUCGCACUGAUCUCGACGAAGUAAAAGCCAGAUUCACGAUUAGUUUGCUCGACCAAGGUGGCAGCAAGGUGCCUUCACACAGCACGACCAGCACACCGCGCACCUUCACCGCCAGAAAGGGUGCGCGCCGUGCGCUGGGAUAUCGUCUCGUCAGGAGGAAUGACCUGGAGAGGUCGGUUUGGCUCAAGGACGAUUGCUUCAGCGUCAGGUGCGAUAUCACCGUGGCAAAGGAGAUAUUCACCAUGGCCGUCCCGCCCGGGUGCCAGUGCAGACAUCCCCCGCCGUCCGUCGUCGCCGGCCUCAUCCCGGACUCCGCCGCCAUCACUCCUCCAUCGAGCGGCGUCCCUGACGUCGCGCGCGAUCGGCUUGAUCAUCCGCUCGCCGCCGCGAUCCGCCUCAUCUACGCCGCGCGACCGACCUGCCCGUCGGUUACGCGCGCCUCCGCAGGUCCCGUGAAGAUCGUCCCCGAGUUCAGCGCGCCUCUCCACCGAUCGAGCAUCGGGCUGCCCCUGCGUCGCCCCGUCAGGCCGCAGCGCCGCCGCCCCGUGGUUCUCCUCGCGGCUGCAUCGACUCAUGCGUCGUCGCUGCGUCGCCCCUUCGGGCCAUAG